UGAAGAAGUAACUUUAUAGAAAAAGAUCAAAGAUAGAUCGUUUGAAGAUAUAAAUAAUUGAACUAAAAUGAUUGGCAUACAAUUACUAAAAGGAUAGUAGAAAUACUGUAGAUACUCGUAAUGAAUACAAAUUCUGUCAGAAAAAAAAAAGCUAUUGUGUCUAACAAUGAGCGGUACAAAUGCUAUCUUUAUAAAUAUACCUAUUCGUUAUUUACAUCUUUUAUUGGUAUAUUAUAUAGUGCGAAUAUUAUUUUUUUUUUUUUUUUUGAAUUAUAGUUUCCCACAUGGAUUUCUC